GCCUCUUCCCGUCUUAUUUUGAUGAUGAAUAUGAAGGCAUGCUAAGCUGUGCCGGAGAGGAGCUCUCGCUGCCUACACUCCCAGCCCGGGCUCAAGGACUCCAGAGCUCCCAGCUGCUUCCCUGCCCACUGCCAGCAGCAGCACAGCAGCAGCAGCAGCAGCAGCAGCAGCAGCAGCAGCAACGCCAAAAGUUGUGAUGCUUUUCUUCACCCAGUGCUUUGGGGCUGUGUUAGAUCUCAUUCACCUGCGGUUUCAGCACUACAAGGCAAAGAGGGUUUUCUCAGCUGCCGGGCAACUUGUCUGUGUCGUCAACCCAACGCAUAGCCUCAAGUAUGCACCCACGCGCUGUGCAGCCGCACAGGCGCCCGCGGAGCAAGGCCUGCUCCCUCCCUGCCGCCGCCACGAGGCCGUGCACGACCCCCAGCUGGUCCCCUGCACCUGCCCGCUCUUCUCCUGCCCCUGGGAAGGGCACCUGGAGGUGGUGGUGUCCCACCUGAGGCAGACCCACCGCGUCGACAUCCUGCAGGGCGCCGAGAUCGUCUUCCUGGCCACGGACAUGCACCUGCCCGCGCCCACGGACUGGAUCAUCCUGCACUCCUGCCUCGGCCACCAGUUCCUGCUGGUGCUCAGGAAGCAGGAGAAGUACGAGGGCCACCCGCAGUUCUUUGCCACCAUGAUGCUGGUCGGCACGCCCAGCCAGGCCAACAACUUCACCUACCGCCUGGAGCUCAACAGGAACCAGAGGCGCCUCAAGUGGGAGGCCACGCCCAGGUCGGUUCUGGAGCGCGUGGACUCUGUCAUUUCCGACGGGGACUGCCUUGUGCUGAACACUUCCCUGGCUCAGCUCUUUUCUGACAACGGCAGCCUGGCGAUAGGAAUCGCCAUAACCACCAGCAAAGCUCACAGCGCCGAAGCUGAAAUGUGAGGCCGAGGAGGAACAACAGCAACUAUGGUGCUCUAGCUGCCUUCUGAGAGCCAGAACUCACAGACUUUUUUUUUGGGGGGGGGGUGGGUCUCAGGUCUUUUAUGGUAUUUAGUACUCAUCCACAGUGGGCAUUAUGUAAACAAGCCGUGGUUACGGUCCCUGUGUCAUGUAUUUACCGUUUUGCUAAUACAAUUUUAUGAGAAAUUUU